GGUCGGUAGACUAUGGAGGAGGCGGAGAAGAAACGGCCGAUUAUCUCUGCUAGAGAAAGAGGCCCAGGCCCUGGACGCUACAGCCUGCCCCCUACAGUUGGAUACGUCAACCAUGACUUCACCAAGCCCAGAAGUGCAGCAUAUACCUUCCACAGUCGUAUGAGCAGUGCCAUGGUCUCUGUGGACUCCAGCCCAGGACCGAGGUACCACGUUGGAUCAAAGGUCACGCGCUUUGGCUGCAUGGAAACGCCAUCUUACUCCAUUUUGGGCAGAGGAGGGCGCACAGGAAGUAAAGGUGACCUAUUCCAAACUCCCGGGCCCGGGGCCUACAGUCCAGAGAAGGCUCCACCCCUCAAUGGCCACCGCAGACCACCAUCACACGUUAUUGGAGCUCGAACCAGAUACCGCUCUGUGGAUGCUGUACCAGCACCUAACAGUUACAGUCUUCCUAAUCUUCUGGGACAUCAUAUUCCUCACAAACCCUCCAGUGCCAGCUACAGUUUCUCAGCCCGGAGGAAGGUCGGCGCUCCCUCUGAAGAUCUCGCCACAACUCCCGGACCAGGAAAGUACAACAGCACCAACCCGGACAUUUACCGUCAGCGCCAUCCGUCCUUCACCAUGCAGGGGAGGACUAAAAGGCCCGAUUAUUCCUCUGCUAUUCCUGGCCCUGGCGCCUACAGCCCGGAGAGAUUUCAUUUGCACCUUCCAAGACCACCAUCCUUCCCUCUGGGCAUCAGACACUCUGAGUUUGUCACCCCACUUGUGGUAAAUGUAACUGACUGACAAUGAGCAUUUGCUUCAGA